UGGGUCAGAAGUCACGUUGUGCGCAAAUAACUUCCAAAUUCUUGCAAUUUUCCCCGAUUACGAUAGAUCAGGAUCUGGGAAUAUGUAUUACACGCUGUACAGUCGUGUCACUCUAUUGUUGCCUGGGGCGGAGAGAUGAAUCUUCGGCUGCUCCUGUGGUUUACGGCAUUGUCCUGCCUUCGGAAAAGCAGCAGUGAUGAUAACAGCACAGUAUCCACUGCCUGUCAGCAGAAAGGCCAUGUUGUGUCCUGUCAAUAUCAAAAUCUUUCCAAAGUGCCUGAUCUUCCAAUGGUGGAGACUGAAACAAUAGAUUUAUCCCAUAAUUCAAUCAAAGCAUUGACAGAAGAAUCGCUGCUAAAUUUCAGUUCACUGCAACACCUGGAUGUCUCUUACAACCAAUUGAAGACUAUAACAUCAGGAGCUCUGGCGCAUUUGACUACCCUGACAGUGCUCAUUUUGGCAAAUAAUCGGCUAGGCAGGAACUUCUCAUCCAGUCACGAAACCUUCAGCCAAUUAAAGAAACUCAAAGUGCUAGAUCUGUCAGAGAAUUUUUGGGACAGUGACACAGUGUCUCAACACCUGAAGAAUCUGUCUUCACUGGAAAAAAUACAUCUGUCAGGGAACCUACUGAUGAAGUUGACCCCUGAUAUGUUCUGUGAGAUGCAGUUUUUGAAAUACAUUUUCCUUGAAAAAAAUUAUAUUACGGAAAUAACAGCAGGAUCCUUUGAAUGUUUGACAAACUUGCUUGAGUUGAACUUGGCCAUGAAUUCACUUUCUUGUAUUUCCAAUUUUCAUCUUCCUAAGCUCCAAGUUUUGAACCUCAGCAGAAAUGGCAUUGAGUUCUUCAUGGCAGAUGAGAACAAGGAACAACAUCACCUUCAAGUACUUGAUCUGAGUCACAACAGGUUGUUACAUUUCCCAUUUCUUCUAAAAUUACAUCAGCUGAAACAUUUGAAUUUGUCAAAUAAUUUAAUGAUCAGUGUAACACCUGAUCUACUGAGCAACUCAGCUGAGUGGGAUGCAAGAAACCGAUAUAAAGAAUUUAAAGUGUUAAAUAAGACAAUCAAACAUAGUGCCUACGCAAAUUUAUCAGAAGUAAUAUCUUUGGAUUUAAGCAACAAUGUACUGCCGGAUAUAUCACAUGGCUUUCUGAGUAAAUUUAAUUCUCUCCAACACUUGAACCUCAGUAGAAACUGUUUUCAGAAUUUUAGUGUAGAAGAUAAUGAUGAACUGAAUUCCAUGUCUUCUCUAGAUUUAAGUGGCAAUAAACUGGACAAUAUAUCUGUGCUGGGAGAUAAUCAAAAAUUCCUUUCCUUAAGGUACUUGUUCCUUCAAAAUAAUUCCAUUCAGUUACUGCCCUCUCAGUUUUUCAAAGCUCUGCCUAAAAUUGAAAAAGUCAAUCUUGCUAACAAUAAUGUAAAGAUUUGUAAUGUGGCAAAUAAAAGCAUAGGAUAUGGUGACCAAAUCCACGGCAGCCACAAUGACUGUGUGUCUUUUUCUGGAAUACCUACUCUUAAAUACCUCAACCUCGAUGGAAAUAACAUUACACUGCUUGCACCUUACACAUUCUAUCAAACUCCCCUGGUGUACUUGGAGGUUUCAAGAAACAAAUAUCUGGAAGUGCCAGAUCAGGCUCUGACAGGCUUGGAACAAUCUUUAGAAUAUCUCUCUUUAAGUUGGAAUUUGAUGCAAUGCACCAAAGUGACUCUGCCUUGUUUGAGUCACCUCAGAAGUUUGGAUUUGUCACAUAAUCAGUUUGAAUGUCUACCUUAUGGUGUUGGAUGUUCGCCAUUGCAAUACCUUGAUAUUCGGGGCAACAAUUUGUAUGCUCUUCAAGAUUUAGUAACAAGAAACAUGUCCCAAACUCUUAAAACACUGUAUUUGAGUGGAAAUUACUUUAAUUGUUGUGCAUUGACUUGGCUGGAUGCACUGAAUGGUGCCAUGGUUGAAAUCCCAGAUAUGGAUGACACCCAAUGUUCUUACCCAAACCAUAAUGACUCUUCAACAGUCCAAUUAUUAAGUGAUCACAAAGGAGAAUGUUAUACUGAAAGCAUCACAAACGUCAGCCCCCUUCUACUUCUAAUAUUUGCACUUGCCUUUCUAAUAGUUAUUGGAUCUGUGAUAACAUUAAUUGCUGGAGAGUGCUGUAGGUUGUGCCUGAAUCCUGGGGAUGAUGUUUUUGAGGCAGACACUGCUCCAGUGAAAACAAACAGUGAACACCAGCUGGAAGGGCUGUCUCUAAGUGUCAUUAACAUAGAAAUGUGAAACAGGAGAAAGCAUUGCUGAACUGCACCAUUGAAUAGAAAGACCAAAGCUUCAAACACAACUUCAGACCAGACGCAGAUUUGGACUCCUGUUGGAUCAAUUAACUGUCAGGUACAACACCAAGUGAAGCCGAGCUAUUGAAAGCAGAAAGACUUUAGUUUUAGGCCAUGCAACCAACCUUUGUUCAGUCUCAAGUCUGAUAAAGGUUUUCUGACUUUUUGUUUGGAGAUAUUUACAAUUUGUGGUAGUGCAAGCCCACCAGUGGCUCAGUGACUAAAUGUAUCUGUGAUGCAGUUCUGAAUCAUAUAUUCCAGGAAUAUAGCUGAGUUUGAUGCAUUGUCAAUGCUGAGUUAACUUAUCCCAGCUCGGGUAGUGGUGGGACGCUUAGAUCAGUUCCAGCUUCCAAGAACUUAAGAUGAGGAAAUAAAGCGGCAGGGAUUCUCUCUUUUCAAUUGCUGGUCCUGCUGUGCCACUCAAAUAACGGAAAAAUAUUGUGGGUUCUUGAAAUCUGAAGCAAAGUCAGAGAAUGGUGCAGCAACUCAGCAAGUCUGGCAUUAUCUGUGAAGAGAGAAACAGACUUAACGCUUUGAGUCUGGUCUUCAGAACUCCUGAGUUUCUCCAGCAAUCUCUGUGUUUGCUCCUGCUGUGCCACUGUCUACUAUUCCUGCAAUCAAAUUGCCUUCCAGUGGUCACUCUAGUGUCACAAUGGAACAAAGGAAUAUAGGAGCAGCUCCUGAGUCUACUCCACCCCUCAGUUAUAUCAAAGCUGAUAUACCAUUAACUCAACUUUACUUAAUAUCUCACAGUGUCCUUAAAUUUAAAAAAAAUCAUAAAUCUGAGUUCACACAAGAUUCAUAGUCUUGCCAGAUUUCCAUUAUCUGUUGAAUAAGAAAGCACUUCCUGAUUUCACUCAUGAUUGUUCUGGGUCUAAUAUUAAGAGAGAUAAAUGGCAGAUUGAGAAAGGUACUGGAGAACAGUCAUGUUCAAAAAUGCAAUUCUGUUUGCUGGUGAGGAGGCAAAGGAAACAUUUGUUGAGGUGGGGGGGAUUAUAAUCAUCGAUGGUACAAUAUUUCAAUGUCUUUUGUUAUUAUUUGAACUGUUAAUUUUGAUUCAUGUGAUUCAUUGAUAUACUCUCAUACAAAUGAUUUCUUAGGAUUUACCAUUUGAAUUCCUUUGCCACAGUGGAAAUGCCAGAACAUUUCAACUGUAUAUUAGUCAAAUGUAAGGUUUCUAUAGUUCUAGAGAACUGUAGGGCAGCUCUGUCAUUAGAGAGAUACAAUUGGCCGUGGUUUAACCUGAGGGUCACCACACCUCAGGCAAAGACAUUUUGUAUAUAUUGUCUAUGAAAGCAAAACACUAUUCACAACACUAAUGAAUUAAUACUGUGCAUUUUAUAUCAUGCAUAUAAAUAAAUGUAAAAUAAAUGCCAUAUUAUUUAAAUGCAGCUAUUUUUCAUUGAUCUAAAUAAAUCAUAUAGAUUAUGACAAUUAUUUUCUAAUAAGAAAUGACACAUUCUGGUGUAGUAUACAUAAAUAAAUUGUUUUAAGUGAGAGGUGGGUGCAAACAUUUCUUGUGUUCUGGGAAGAUAUACACGAAUUCUCAGAAGUGUUCCAAACAAUUAUACCUUUCUUUAAAGGUAUAAUUUAGAAUUUAACUUAUAUCAGUCAAUGGAAAUUCUAUUUUUAUUUCAGACUUUCAGAAUUUGCAAAUUUUUGUUCAUAUUUAUACAACUUUGUUACAUCCAUUGAAAUAAUAAGCAAUGUUUCAUGUUUAAAUGUUUUCAUAAAUGGCAUAAAAAUGGUUACAGAUACGGAUGUUUUAUCUUUUGCCUUAUCAUUUGCUUAAGUUUCCAUAUUAUGUAUGCUUGCUAAAAUCAGUUAUUUACUUUAAUUUUUAAAAAAUUAACAAAGUACUGAGGUGCUAAUAAUCAGAAACAAAAUCAGAAAUUGCUGGAAAAAUCUAGCAGGUCUGGCAGCAGCUGUGGAGAGAAAGCAGGAUAACAUUUUGGGUUCAAAGAGCCUCCUUGAGAAGGGUCUUUCAGGCAACUGAACCCGAAACAUUAACUCUGCUUUCUCUCCUCACAUGCUGCCAGGCAAGCUGAGUUUUUUUCCAGCAAUUUCUGAGUUUAUUCCCUGUAAUAACUGCAGGAAUAGCAUAGUGGUAAUUUUACUAAAUGACUGGUCCACUGACCCGGUCAAAUAUUAUGAGUUGAAAAAUUUGGUGCUGGAAAACCACAGCAGGCCAGGAGCAGGAGAAUCGACGUUUCGGGCAUAAGCCCUUCUUCAGGA